AUGAAUUUUCAAACUACAUACCAAGGAGGUCAGUUGGAUCGAGCUCUGGCCAAGAGUUUGCCAUGUCUUCCAGGAUACAGCUUCAAUUUGAAUGUUGGAGCGGACCGUUUCCAAAGACCAGGUCAUUGGGGGUUCAACCAAGAUGUCCGAAUAAUUAGUGAGGUCGAAGGGUAUCGACCAAGAGCUGGGAUAGGAUUGGAUACUCCCGAACCACGCACACGACCUGGAAUUGGAGGUAUUUUGCCACCACCGUGGGCCCCUGUCAGGACAGGACCUGACCAUUCCGUCUUUCCCCGAGGUCACGGAAUGUCCAGAAAGCCUACGUGGUUGGAGUUUGACAAGAAAGUCCUAACAUUCGAUACAUAUUAUCAAGAGCCUAUCCCAGAGUCAGGGAUGGAAAAUUAUCGGAUUCACCAGUGUAAACUCUAUUUUUUCUUGGAGGAUGACACUGUACAAGUGAUUGAGCCAAAAACUCACAAUUCGGGAAUUCCGCAAGGACAGAUUGUUCGACGCCACCGGAUACCACUUCCGUCGCCUUGCGAGGGCCAAUACUUUACCCUGGAGCACUUCAACGUUGGCUGCGAAGUCACUUUGUAUGGAAAAGUGUUUUUCAUUUGCGGCUGUGAUGGCUUCACUCGAAAAUUUCUCAAUCGGCUCGGAAUUUCAGUGCCGCAUAAUAUGGAACUUCCCGUGGACCCUGCUACAGAGAAACUCGUUGAUAGAAAGACGAGCCAGUUUGCUAGGAAGCCACACCACGUUGUUGAUACGCGUGGGCCGUUUAUCCGUCAUUCUGAUCAUGUUCUCAGAUUUUGGUCGUAUUGGGACGACCGCUGUAAAUUGUAUGGAGACCUUCGACAGUUUAUCAUCCACUACUUUUUGGGCGAUGACACAAUGGAAAUCCGGGAGAUAUUGCGCCCUAACUCUGGAUAUGAAGCGUACCCAUUAUUUCUUCGGCGAAGCAAAAUUCCAAAGAACCCUGAAAACUUGGUUGGACUUCCGGGAGAAAAGACCCCUUUGACAAUUCUCAACGUUUUUGGGUCAAUGUAUGGAACCAAAAAUAAAAAGGCACACUUUAUGGUGGACAAUUUGGGAAGUUCUUCAAAUGACAGUGACUUUUACAAAGACAAUGAUUUGUCAAUUGGAGCUGUCUUAAAUGUUUAUGGACGCCCGUUCAUCUUGACAACAUGCGACGAGUUUACUAAGCAAUAUUAUAAAGACCGAUACCAAGUUGAGGAUUUUACGCCCUUGCAGUUAAAUGAAGCACUAGAACGGGAAAUUCCGGCUCCCAAACCACCUCCAUAUUUAGGUUGGGGUCAGGAAGAUGAUCUCGGGAUGUGGAAGAGCCUGGAAAUGAAAGCUCAUGUAAAAGAUUACCGCAAGCAAGCAGAAUUUGAAAAAGACAUUAUUCGCUUUGAAGCCAAGUUUCAUAAUGCCUUGCAAGGGGUAAAUAAGUCGCGUCGGUUCGUCAUCAACUACUACAUGAGCGAUGAUACUAUCCAAGUAUUUGAAAAAGAACAUCCAAACUCAGGAUUGCCAAAGGGGAAUUUUCUGCUUCGAAAUCGCGUCAAGAAACCUGGUCAUCAACCAGAAAUUGGCAACGACCCAGAAUUCUAUGCGCCUAAAGACCUCUAUGUUGGCAACAUUAUAAACAUCAAUGGAUACAGUUUUCAGUUGAUUGAUGCUGAUGAAUUUUCUUUAUGCUACAUGGAAGCCAACAAGCACCUCUUUCCCCACGCCAACAUUUGCGUUUGUCUGGAAAAAUUCCGAGAAGCGAUUGGGCCUUUGCAAGGAGAAGACGUCCUGAAAUGCUUUUCCGAGCAUGAUACUUGCCUUCAAGGGGUGAUGGAUACCAGGAACUUUCGAUCCCUUUUGCUUCAAAUUUCAAAAUGCGGCCUGAGUGAACAUGAACUUUUGACGCUAACUCGAUGCUAUGCUGCCAAAAGUGAACCUCCCGGAACUGAUUUUCAAACCCUUCAAGCCGUGGCGCAAACGGAACUGAGGCGAUUCCACUUUGACAGGACACUCUUAGCCAGAGUUGAAUAUACCCUACGGUAUCACGACCCUUGUCGGACUGGGCGAGUUGACAGAGAGACGCUAAGAGCUACGUUGAAAGGAGCAAAAUUGCCACUUUUCAAGGAAUUGUUGGAUUACAUGGUGGACAAGUUCCCUGCACCGGACGAUGAUUUGUGCAACCGUGUUGAUUACUGUCAAUUUCUAAAAUUCUUGGACUGGGAAAUGAAUGCUGCCCCAAUUACAAAGCCUGCAGCUAAUCAAUGCGUCAUGAAAUGGGUGGAACCGAAACCACCCAUGAAAAUCCUGUGCGUAAAUUAUCGAGCCUUUUUGGACGACGUAUGUCCCAACAUCAAGUGUUCCUUGCCUGCCGUCUGUUGCUGUUGCAACGAGAACAAAGCUUGCCCUCAACACCCUCGACAAACAGAGGAUGAGAACACAAACUAUUGUCCGCAGCCCGACCAAAAAUGCAAUCAACAAAUGGAGCCCUGUGGUCCACAAGAGCCUGUCACCGUUUACGUUCAGCCUUGUAGCAUCACUUACACGGAGGGGAAUCAGCACAAGUGCGCACCAGGAGCGCAAAAAUGUUUCGCUAAUCAAGGCGAGAAUAAUGAAGAUUGUGGAGAACCAAUACCAACUUUUUCGUGUGCUCCUUGUGGAGGAACUAAUUGAAUUUGAUACUGAAAUUCCAAUCUUCCUCUCAUCUCUAGGUUAAUUUAUUACGACUGCUUAUAUGAGGCUGUGAUGAUGGGGUUUGCACAUUUGUAAGUCAUGUUAAGAACCAAAUAAAAUACACAUACUACACACGCAUAUUAUUAUUCAAU